AUGGUGUUGGCUAAAUCCAAAAACUCCGUGGGGCUGGGUAACAGCCUCAUGAAUGACCGUUUCGGAAAAGGAAAAGCUUCAGCUCAAAAAAAGGGCUCGCACAACAAUGCCAUCUCCCGAAAGAACAUGCAGGGUGAAACCUACAUUACAAAUGCCUCGGAGGAAGCAUCAUGGGUUAAGAUGCGCUCUAUCACUGAGCAAGCUGCCCUCGAUGAAUUCCUUAGCACCGCCGAACUAGCUGGUACCGAUUUCACAGCCGAGAAGAUCAACAACGUCAAAAUUAUCCAUACCGAUCAGAAAAACCCAUACCUCCUGUCCGCAUCUGAGGAGAAGUCGAAGUUGAAGAAACACCAGAAGAACAAGGGUCGCUUGACGGUUCCGCGCCGACCGAAAUGGGAUUCCACGACAACACCACAGCAACUGGAGUUGAUGGAGCGUGAGAGUCUGUUGGACUGGCGUCGCGGCCUAGCGGAGCUGCAGGAAUUUAAUGAUUUGUUGAUGACCCCAUUCGAGCGCAACUUGGAGGUUUGGCGUCAACUAUGGCGUGUUAUUGAGCGAUCAGAUCUGGUUGUGCAGAUUGUCGAUGCUCGAAACCCACUUCAGUUCCGUUCGGAGGAUUUGGAAAACUAUGUCAAGGAGAUUGACCCGCGCAAGAAGAAUCUUUUGCUCGUUAACAAGGCUGAUAUGUUGACUUUACCCCAGCGAGAAGCCUGGGCUGAGUACUUCGAGAAGCAUAACAUCAACUUCCGUUUCUUCUCGGCCCACCUCGCCAAGGAGAAGAUAGAAGCUGAGAUGCUUGAGGAAGAGGAGGAGUCCGACAGCGAAGACGACGACGAAUUUAUCAAGUCUACUAAGAAGAUGAACGUUGAAGAUAAGAAUGAGGAUGCUUCUAAAGAGGGUGAAAUUGCAGAGACUACUCAAGAAGAGACGGACGAGGACAAGCUGGCUCAGCUCGCCGAUCCUGAUGUCUCCUUGGGAGCCCAUAUCCUGGAUGUGGACGAGUUAGAAGAACUUUUCCUCGCCAACGCCCCGGAGAGAGUUCCUGAGAACGAGGACUCCGAUGGAAAGCCUAAGCAGAAGACAACUAUCGGUUUGGUCGGUUACCCCAACGUGGGUAAGUCCAGCACAAUUAACGCUCUUCUGGGUGCUAAGAAGGUGUCUGUGUCUGCCACACCCGGUAAAACCAAGCAUUUCCAAACACUAUACCUCUCCCCAGAAAUCAUGCUUUGCGAUUGUCCCGGUCUGGUGUUCCCCAACUUCGCCACUACCAAGGCUGACUUGGUCGUGAACGGUGUUCUGCCUAUUGACCAGCAACGUGAGUUCACUGGUCCCGCCGCUCUUGUCGCGCACCGCAUUCCCCAGCACUUCCUGGAAAAUGUCUACGGUGUAAAGAUCAAUACUCGCCCUAUCGAGAUGGGCGGAACUGGCAUCCCUACUGCCAGUGAGCUCUUGCGUGCCUACGCUCGUGCUCGUGGUUUCUCCACUCAAGGUCUGGGUCAACCGGACGAGUCUCGUGCUGCACGUUACGUCCUGAAGGACUACGUGAAUGGCAAGAUUCUUUUCGUUCACCCUCCCCCUGUGGCAGAGGGUGAGGACCCCACCGAUCCAAAUGAGUUCAAUAAGGAUCUUUACGACCUCGCUCAUCUUCCUGAGAGACGCCGGGCCCAAAUCGAGAGGACUAUGGCUGAAGUUGAAGAUCUUGACUCUGAAACUGCCUCUACGGCAUCUAAGGCCACAGCUAAAGAGCAACCGGGUGUGCGCUCUCGCGCUCUUGACACCGGCUUCUUCGGUUCAGCGACAGGUCCUUCAGCUGGCCGUAUGACUUUGCCUUUCAACGCCAAGAACACCGUUCAAGGCCAAGAGAUGCGUCAAAAUCUUACAGGUCGCAAGGAGCGUAUGAUGAUCGCUUUGGAACGCGGCAUCGAUGUCUCUGAGGUUAAGGGUGGAAGCUCUAAGAAACAUUUCAAGGCCAACAAGAAGCGCGCAAAAGCCAAGCGCAACAACCCUGCUGAUGAAGAACAUUACUAA